AUGUCGACUAUUAUCUCCAUUAAGGCCCGUGAGAUCCUCGAUUCUCGUGGCAACCCGACCGUUGAGGUUGAUCUUACCACUAAGGACGGCAUGUUCCGCGCUGCCUGCCCCUCUGGUGCUUCCACUGGCGAGUUCGAGGCUCUUGAGCUCCGUGAUGGUGAUAAGGCCCGUUAUCAGGGUAAGGGUGUUCUCAAGGCUGUCGACAACGUUGAGAAGGUCAUUGCCCCCGCUAUCAUCGGCAAGGACGUUACCGAUCAGGCCGGUAUUGAUAAGUUUAUGGUUGAGGAGUUGGACGGUACUCAGAACGAGUGGGGCUGGUGCAAGGCCAAGCUCGGUGCCACGCCAUCCUCGCCGUUUCUAUGGCUGUCUGCCGUGCCGGUCUAUCAUGAGCUCAAGUCGGUGAUCAAGGCCAAGUACGGUCAGGACGCCACCAACGUCGGUGAUGAGGGUGGAUUCGCCCCCAAUAUUCAAGACAUGGAUGAGGCCCUCUCCGUCCUCUUAGAGGCCAUCAAGAAGUCUGGCCAUGAGGAUACCUGCCGUAUUGGUUGCGAUUUCGCUGCCUCUGAGAUCUAUGAUGCCAAGACUGGCAAGUAUGACCUCGACUUCAAGAACCCCGAGCCUCAUGCCGAUGCCGAGCUGACCGGUGAUGAGUUCAUCAAGUACCAGGAGGAUCUUAUGAACAAGUAUCCUUUCGUCUUCAUUGAGGAUCCCUUCGAUGAGAACGAUUGGGCGACCUUCGCCAAGUUCACCGCCAAGGACGGUAAGGAGAUCCAGAUUGUCGGUGAUGAUCUUCUUGUUACCAACCCCAAGCGUAUCCAAAAGGGUAUCAACGAGAAGUCUGUGAACGCCCUUCUUCUCAAGGUUAACCAGAUAGGUUCAAUCACCGAGUCUAUCGAGGCCAACAAUAUGGCCGUUAACGCCGGCUGGACCGUCAUGGUUUCCCAUCGUUCCGGUGAGACUGAGGAUACCUUCAUCGCCGAUCUUGUCACUGGUCUUGGCACUUGCCAAAUCAAGACUGGUGCCCCCUGCCGUACUGAGCGUCUUUGCAAGUACAACCAGCUUAUGCGUAUUGAGGAGGAGCUCGGUGAUAAGGCCACCUACGCUGCUGGCCGCAACUUCCCUCGUUGCCAGUAA